CGGCGAGACGUCCGCGCGCGUUCAGGGUCUGCGUCCAGAUAAUUUGUGGCUUGGUCAGUUUGCCAACCGACCAUCAUCUAGCCUUGUCUCAAGAUGGACACCUCCGAGCAAGUCUGGGGCUUGACGCCCCCAAUCUCGGUCGCCUUGCCGACCCCGGCCGAGAUGCAAGCAACCAACACUCUGUUCGAAGAGCUGAAGAGACAGAACCAAUUUGAGCCAGCAUCAGAGGAUGCGAAGAGGAAAAAAAUCAUCAAGCAUCUCGAGUCGAUCGGCGACGAGUUCGUGCGGCGCAUUGCACGAAAGAAAGAACCGCACAAUCAAGUCCUCAUCCGCGACGCUCGCUGCGAGAUCUUUACAUAUGGAAGCUACCUUCUUGGCGUCUACGGCCCCGGCUCCGAUAUCGACACCCUCGUAGCCGCGCCGAAAUAUGUCAGCAGGGAAGACUAUUUCGAGAUAUUCCCGGACUUGAUUGAAGAGAUGGCUCCCAAAUGUGCCAUCACCGACCUCACGCCUGUGGAGGAUGCAUUUGUGCCCAUCAUCAAGUUCGAGUACUGGGGCAUCAGUAUAGAUCUGAUUUUCUCGCGGAUCGCCACAUUGACUCAGUUUCCCCCACAUGGACAGUUGAAGCUGACGGACAACAGUUACCUCCGGGGCCUCGACGAUCGGGAGCUUCGAUCCCUCAACGGUAACCGAGUCACCCAAGAAAUUCUUAACCUCGUGCCGGAGAAGAGCACAUUCCGCUUGGCAUUGCGUGCAAUCAAGUUGUGGGCUCAGAGGCGUGCUAUAUAUGCCAACAUCAUUGGCUUUCCUGGUGGUGUUGUGUGGGCCAUGCUAGUCGCUCGUGUGUGUCAAUUAUACCCCAAGGCGACUUCGGCCACCAUCGUGUCCAAGUUCUUUCUCAUCAUCCGAAACUGGAGAUGGCCACAGCCGGUGCAGCUCAAGGACCCCGAUAAGCCACCCUUGAACCUCCGCGUUUGGAAUCCCAAACUGUACAAGGGUGACAGCUUCAACAUCAUGCCUGUCAUCACACCCGCAUACCCCCAAAUGUGUGCCACUUUCAACAUCACCCAAUCAGCAUUCCAAAUCAUCCAACGCGAGUUGAGUCGUGGUGGCGAGAUAGCGGAUCGGAUCAUGGCUGGCAAAAGUGAUUGGAAGGAGAUGUUUGUCAAGCACUCGUUCUUCACCAGCGAUCACAAGUACUACCUGGCUGUCAUCGCGACAGGACUUUCCAAGGACGCGCACAAGAUCUGGUCUGGCUUCGUUGAAUCUAAAGUCAGAAUCUUGGUCGGUGAUGUUGAGCGGCAUCAGUCGAUUGCUAUCGCCAGGCCGUUCAACAAGGGCUACGAUCGCAAACACAAGGUCAAGUCCGAGGACGAAAAGCAGUCUGUCAUUGACGGAAGCUUUGCAUUCUUGACAGAGGAGGAAGAAGUGACAGCUGUGGAGGACGAGGAGGCAGCCGUCAAAAUUGAGCAAGACGGUCGCAGCAAGAUACAGUCCGUGGAAGAAGUGCCACUGACUGACGGCACCAUCACCAAGAGUGAGAACGGCACCCCAGCAUCCGCUACUGGCCUUGUCAAGAACGACGAAGCAGCAGCAUCAGAUUCUCUGAAGGACACUCCCAUGAACGAGGAUAAAUCGAAGGACGAAGGCGAGGCUGAACCAAUGGGUCCGAUCACAAGCGAGACUAUCAUCUAUAACACAACAUAUUAUGUUGGUCUCGAGCUAGCAGAAGGCGCCAAAUCGUUGGAUCUUUCCUGGCAAGUCAACAAUUUUAAGCACAUGUGCUGCGAAUGGGAAAAGUAUAAGAAAACACCAGGCUUGUUCUUGAGUAUACAACAUGUCAAGAACACGAAUCUUCCCAAUGAUGUCUUCGAAGCUGGCGAAACAAAACCGAUGCGGCCACUUAAGAAGCAGGCCGCCAAUGGCGCUUCUGCUGCCAAUAUGAGGAAGCGCGCUGCACCUCCUGACGGAACUGCGCCGCCGCCGAAACGCGCGACUAAUGGACAAACCGGCGUUGCUGCUGCAGGCUGAGCCACGACGUCUCUCGCUCGGAAAUCGCCCCCAAACAAAGUCAAGCAUAGACGUCCGACUGUGUAUUGCCACUUUAAGACCUGAGCACUUUCUGCGCUUCCUUGUGGAGUCAAACUGAUUUAACAACAGUUGGCAGCCUGGUGUGUAGCAUCACUAAUCAUCCCCACAUUGCAGGUUUAAUGCGGCGUGCUCAACCUCUGGAGGCAC